UCAGACAUGACGUUGAUGUAGUAAUUUCGUCACGCGGAAGUCAGUGAACUUGAGCUGUUUGGGUUUGGAUUUUAUUAUUUCUAAGCUGAAGUAUUUCCAAGCCUAAUGAAAAUAAGUCAGCGGUGGAUUCUUAACGGCAGUGCGGUGUGUUCUGUGAUACUCGGCGGCUUUUUAGUAAGAAUGUCAUCAUCGUUAGCAUCUGGGCUCAAGGAGAGGCACGUGAUCUGGGAGACGUCAGAGCUGUUGGCGUAUCUGCACCACUCCCCAUGGACACCAGGGGUUGCUGUUGUUACCCAUAAGAGCUCUGGCAGCACCGGCAGCAUCUUCCACUUACCUGAGGAUGCUUUUCUGCAUCUGCUUCUGGGCGCAAGAACAGUAGCGCACCUGCUCUGUGAGAGUCUGUCUGUCCAGCGGUGUGCCUUGGUCCAUACGCCACAGAAACGAGCUGAUGGGCUCGGCACCGAGCUUCACGUCGUGCCCCUCCACGGUCUGGAGUCGGACUGGAAACCUCACCUUGCUGCGGAGGAAGAUUUCCAAGCAUGUGACCCUGGAUACGUCAGUUCCAAGAGCGGACCGCGCUGGACGGAGUCUGAUCUAGAGGCAGUCAAGAGCCGCAUCCGGGUUCAUCUGCCUACACCGAAAGCAGCUCCGAACUACACCUUCCUGGGUGACCCGUCCGACUCCGGGCUGUUCCCACGCAUCGUGCGCGGAGAAGAGAAGCAGUGGAGAGUUUGGGAAGAUGACGGCCAUGUUGCUUUCCUCACACCGUUUCCCAACACACCUGGACUCACUGUGCUGGUUCCGCGGAAACCGCUGUCCAGUGACAUAUUCCGACUGGAGGAGAGCGACUACAGACAGCUGCUGAUGGCGACUCGAAAGGUGUCCUGCCUUCUGGAGGCGGGGCUUGGGGCAUGGGGGGUGGGUCUUAUUUUCGAAGGCUUUGAAAUUGAUUACGCUCAUGCAAAACUGAUUCCACUCGUCUCUUCAUCUGAUGAGGCAGAGAUGAGCCUCACCUGUCCAGCACCUGAGUUUUUUGACCGCUAUCCGGGUUAUGUGACGUCAGUCAGUGGUCCGCCAGCCAGCAGAGAAAGUCUCCAAGAGAUCUGUGCCAGAAUUACCCAGCGCUGAUCAUUGAAAUGGUUAUAAUAAUAACUGUUCUAACUAAAUACAAUUGUGAAAAUUGAUUUUUGAGAUCUUUGUUUCUGAGGCAUUUAUUUAAGUACUCAUUUGCAUACUUAUGGCUUGUUUCCACUGAGCGGUACUGUUAAGUACAGUUCAGUAUGGUACGCAAUUUUUGCCAUUUCAAUUGUCAGAAGUUGUGAAUGGUACCCUAAUUCCGAACCAUACCGUACCACUUUUUUGGAACCCUUACAUUGGGGUACCAAGCACAAUAGUACCUAUAGUACCGGUACCAAAAGGGUGGAGCUACACUUACUGCAGAACGUUGAUUGGUUGACAGAGAAUCGUCACUUGCGCGUGCUACAAGGUGAAUGACAACACAUGACCGUUGCAACACUGUGUAUUUUUCGGCUGUUUUUCCUUUUUGCAGCCUUCAGCCUUUGCUCAGACAAAGCUGCUCCAUGUCCUCCAUUGUUGUUUGCUGUCCCUUUCUUCUUCAUGCAAGAAUGACGUCGAUCGCUACUUUCCGGCAUACACCACGCCUAUCAAGUAAGGGUACUGUUGGCGGUGGAUAUGCAAACCGGAUUAGGGUUUGCUGCCCCGAAUCAUACUGUACUUUACUGAACUGAACUGUAUCGCUCAGUUGGAAACAAGUCAUAAGUGUUCAUUUCAUGUAAAGAAGUAGAGUUUUGUGAAUGUUUCAUGUUUGGCUGUCAAAAGUACCAACUUAAGUACCAAGUUGGUACACCCUGAUACGCACGAUCCGCUGAUAGAUGCCUGCUUUCAAACGCUCCUGUGUGUAUCUGUGUAAGCGCUCUGUGAAGAGAUGUCUAUUCAACAUGUUAUUGAAGUGUUGAUCAUUGUAGCCAAUCACAGACAUAUCUGUUGAGAGCGUGAGCACAAUGGUCAAUCAGUCGGUACUUUUGACAACCCUAGUUUCAGAGGGGUUUCAUACUCAUUUAUAGUGUCAAACCUGUGUGCUUUAACCUGUGUUUAAAUGAAGAUAAAUGUGUCCCUCUUUUGUUAUUUUGAUGUUUCAGAGUAUUUACAUAUGGCUGCUAUAUUUCAGAAUGGAAGAAUAAUUGAACAAAGACAUGUAAGUAUGGAGUAAUGGAGUUCCUUUAUGCAUCACACAUCUACUGAUAUUUCUUGUCCUAAUGUAACCGUCUCUAGUAGCCAGAGAUCAAUGACAACAAGCUCAUGUGAGCUACUGUAAAUGUUUUUCAUGUUAAUUAAUCUCAUAGCAUCAUCUAGUUACACAAUUACAAGCUCGUACCAUCUGUGUCACCUCAGCCCAUUCUUAAUUAAUCCCUAGGUAUUUUAAUUAACAUCUAAUUAGUGGUUUGUUAUGUUCUUAAUUAUGUACCUGGAAUCUAAUCUGUGAGAAUUAAAAGAAUCAGGUUAUCUGAUGAAAACUCAAAACUGUGACAAGUAGAAAGUGAAGUUCAGCUCUGUAGCUUCAUCUUCUCAGAGUCUAAUGAUCAAUCAGAAAAGAGUCAUGAGGAAUGAAAUGCUAUGAAUGAGCAGCACAGAAAGAGACAAACAUGAUGUCUGGGUAAACGAGACACAACGCUCAGAAAAACUGGCAGAUGUUCAUAGAGUCAACAUGUUAAUGAUGAGUAGUUCAUUAAAUCAGUGGUUCUAAACUAGUUUUGCUGAAAUCAGAGUCAAGAUUUUACAUCAUCAACACAAUGCAAAGCUUUACAAUAGUAGCACAAGCAAACGUUCAAAUGGAUUUACAUUAUAGUGAGCAGACCCUGAAUAAUAGGCCCAGUAAGAUAUAAGCUUACUAACAUUGUGGUUUCAUGCUGUCGACGGCAAACAGUUCAACUGUGUGUUCAGCUCAAAUCAUCUUCAUUCUCUCUGUGAGUGAGUUUUAAGUAUUUAAUGUAGUCUGGUAUGUAUUUUCUUUUGACUUGUUUUAUUCAUGGUGUUUGAGGAUGAGGCGUCACACACCCUGCCUAUGUCAAUCAAUCUGUUGAAUUUGACUUUUAUCUGGUAACAGAUAAAAUUGUGCCAAAAUAAUGUGGCGCUUGAUAGACACACAAUCUUUGACAUCAACAACAACACUAUAGGAAGAAUGUUUUGUUCCCUUUCUAUUUAUUUUGCUGUCAUAAUGGUUAGUUUUAAGGAUUGUAUCUGACAUGGUUUGCCCCAUCACAACAGACUUGAGGGCCAUUUUUGUCUCCCAACCCACCAGUUGAGAAACACUGGAGAGAGACACAUGCAUGCUUCAUUUCAGACACUAACGUUGACAGGUUUCUUGGAGGGACUCUGCAGGCAUGGACAGUACUCGGAUCGCUCCAUCUUAGAGAUGUAGAGCAUAGGCUCGAUGGUGCAGCUCAAGUCCAUGAUGGAGAACACGGCAAGGCUGAUCUUACACCGAAACGUCACAAACGAGUAGGUGGAUGCAAAUGGCAACAGAGCCACUGGAGGUAAAUAGUUCACCACGAUGAUGGCAAGGACGAUAGUCACCAUUUUGAAGGCCCUCUUCUUCACCGGGUUCAUGACUUCCUUCCCUGCAACGCUUUUCCUGAGGACCCAGAUGAUGGAUAGGUUGCAGAACACCAUGAUGAAGAAGGCAGCGAGGAUGACGCCGCUGAAGACCUCGUUCACACUCAGGACGCCCAAGAAGCAUUUGGUCAACGAGUAGGCCAGGAUGAGUCCCCACACCACUAUGGAGAUGGCGAUUCGGAUGCCAUUGUCACGGAUCCCGGUGAACAGGAUGGGAUGGACCACAGCGAUGUACCUGUCCAGACAAAUACAGGUGAGAAACAAUGGAGUCACGUCUUUCAGCCCGUAGGCGAAACGCACGGAGUACCAGAUGUGGUCAUCGCUGAAGUACAGCCGGUUUGCCAGGUCGACUGGCGUCAUGAGGCCGAAAUAGGCAUCCAGGACAGAGAGGUUGAAAAUGAAGAUGUUGGAUGUCGAGCCCUCGCUCUUCUUUCUCAGAAUCUGCCACAUCACAAGGGCGUUCAAUGGGACUCCUGCAACCAGGUUCAAUACCUUGACACCAAAGUAGAAGAUAAACCAAUAAGGAGCCUCCGCACACGCCUCAAAGAGGUACCAUAACGGCUGUUUCCAACCGGAGGCGGUGGAGUUCAGGUUCAAAGCCGAGAUGUUUUCCAUUAAGGAAUGAUGAUGAGCUGUGAACAACAGCGUGAUGUCGAUUUAUAAUCUGUCUUCAAAAAGAGCAACAAAGUGACGACGUUUCACAAACAAUAACAAAAGUUUGUCAAUGAGAACCUUAUCAAAAAAUCAAGUUAAAGGAUUGCAGAAGUCUCACCAGCUGCUUGUUCAAUACAGCUCCGUACGAUUGUCGGUCUCUGCCGACGUUUCUCUGACCAUCACCCAACUUAGACGCGUCCUCAGUUUAGCGUCUCUCUCGGGGCGCUCCUUGAAAAGCUUAUCCCGCGGGAGACAGAGGUGGGACGUUUUGGACACAGCCAAUUGUUGCAGUUCUUUUUGGUCAACAAGAAGGAGUGUAGCAGAAGAACUCAUCUGUGAUUGGAUGAAGAGGAGGGUCUUCGGGAAAAGUUUGUGAUGAAGUUUGCAGUUCGAUGGAAGGGGAUGAUCAAAGUUUUGUGACGUAACUACAGAGUUUCUUGUAAACAGAUGAUGCAAGGAACAAAUGAGUAAAUCUACUGUAACAUCUUGCCACAGACAAAUGGAGUCCACAGCUGUGGGUAACGAUAUGUAAGCCUACAACUGUGAUCACUACUUUUAAGAGCAAUAAACAUUUCAGUGUACACUAUGUACCAAAACACAUUUUCAUUUCAGUUGACUCACUGGCGAGCUCAACCAAAACUUUACAGUUCCAACUAACUCCAAAUUUAGCUUUGAAUGCCUUUGUUUUUAUAGAGAUACCCCAUCCAGUGACUGAUCUAUUACAUUCUCGUUUCACACACAUUGUAAAGUUGAAUAUCAGUUUCUCUUUUUUAGUCUUUGGUGCAAAUGUUCAGAGUUUAUAUCACAUUUUGAUUCAUUCAGAUGCUGUGUAUUCGUGCAUAUGACUAGUAUAUUUCACUUAUUCAGAUUUCAUAUGAAUCCAAGAGGUUUGAAUGGAUGGGAGUUUCUCUUGUUGGUUUUCACUCCUGAUGACAAAUCUGUGUGUUACACAAAAUUUAUGUAUUUGGCAGACCCUUGUUAUUUCAUGUUCAAUUUUAUUUUUCUGAACUAAAAGCAACAUGAGUGGAGUUUGAGAUCAAA